AUGCCGUCCCCAUCCACGUCUUCGCGGCGGUCCGCCGAGACUCUUGCACCAACUUACCCACCAAAAGCACCAUCUCCGCUGUUUACUGGCCGCUGCUUUUGCGCCCUCACCACAUUCGCCGUCACCGCCCUUCCUACCAGGAGCUACAUUUGCCACUGCACAGACUGCCGACAAUUCUCCGGCUCCUCCUUUCACCACAUGGCCGUCUUUCCCGCCUCGUCAGUCACUAUCACAACUCUCCAAUCGUCUCCCAAACUCUUCCCUGCCAUCGCUGGCCUCUCCAUCGGCUCGUCAAUCACCGCAUUCGGCGAACCGGGUCAUGGAACCCGCCAGUUCUGCACAAAAUGCGGGAGUUCGCUGUUCAUGACGGUACCGGAUAGCAUAGAGGAGAUGAGGGGGAGUGUGAUCAUUGGGGUGGGCAGUAUAGAUGGAAGUGAGAGUGACGAGAGGUUGCGGCCAAGGUAUGAGGGCUUUUGUAAGCGGAGAGAGGCGUGGAUGAGAGAGGUGGAGGGGGCGGUGGAGAGUGAGGAAUGGUGA